AUGAUCUCGCGGUACCAAAUUCUGUGCGCGAUCCUGGUAUAUGGCGCGAUUUCGUUGUAUCAAGCGAUGGCGCAAGUAGACGGUUACACACCUGGCGUGGACUACCCGAUCUACGAUUCCGUUCCUUUCGGUCUUACGUUUACCUGCGGUGGCAAGUUACCCGGUUACUAUGCCGAUCCUGAAGCCAGAUGUCAGGUUUGGCACUGGUGCUUACCGAAUGGACGUCAGUUCAGUUUCCUCUGUCCAAAUGGCACCGUUUUCAGCCAGUCUGCUCGCGUCUGUGAUUGGUGGUUCAAGGUCGAUUGCAACGACUCGCCGAGACUGUACGGGAUCAACGACGACCUGUACAGGGAUGUAAACGGGAACAAGAUCUAA